GAAUCUUGAACUCGAGUGCUCCCACUUCUGUUUCGUUAUAGUCAUCUUCUACAUUUCCAUCUGCGCAAAGGCCUUUUCCGGUAAGACCACUCUGUUUUGUUCUAUUUUUUGUUCUGUUCUGACUUCUGAGAAGUCCUCCAAACGAUUGAAAUUUGAAAUCUUCAGGCUAUGUAUGUGUAGCAUAAUCUAUAUUUCGUGGAUUUUAAAUUUUAGAAUAGCUUGCUCGGUGCUAGCUGUUUGUUUCCUAUUCCUGGGAUUUGGGAGUAUGUAGAACUUCGUCUCCUUUAUUUUGCAGUAUGACUCAAAGUUGCAAAGGAGCCAAUACCACCGCAAACCAUCGUUGGUGCUUAUAGCUGCAGAAAUUCUUGUGCCCUUGCUUGCUGUAUUCCAACUAUUUUUCUGAAAGGCAUUGCUUUCCUGAAGCUUCAUGUCGUGACUGUCAUUAUUUAUCGAGAUUCUAAUUUUUAGAUUUAGUUAAAAUUGGUGUGUAUAAAUAUAUACACACAAUGAUCUUCCCAUACUACCCUUACUAAAACCCUAGCACUAACACCUUCUGACGCUCAUUGGGUACCAAAGCAACCACUCUGUUCUCUCGUGUCUUUCCGUGUGCGGCCACAGCUUCUACCCUUAUCGACUGGUGACGAUAUAUGCAAUCACCACCCUACGCCCUGCUGUGACCAUCUUCUAAAGGAGCAGUGAUAUUGGAAGAGUGCUUAAACAUGUCUGCUUCUCUGUCACAAACAGAACAAAUGUCAAUCUCCAAAGAGUGUGAAGAAUGCAAAUGUAAUCCAUGGAAAUACAAGUGCCCUGGUUGCUCCUUACACUCAUGCAGUCUUCUUUGUGUCAAAUCCCACAAAGUGCGUACUGGUUGUACUGGAAAGAGGAACCAGACUCAGUUCAUUCCUCUUUCUCAGUUUGAUGACAGUCUCUUAUUAUCUGACUAUACUUUGCUUGAGGAGGUGAAGAGAGUGGCUGAAUCUGCUCAGAGAAUGAGAACUAAAUUGGGCAUGUAUGCAUAUUUCAAGUUACCGCAUCACCUUAAAAGCCUUCGAAGUGCAGCUGGAAGCCGGAGAACCAAACUACUGUUUCUCCCAAAUGGAAUGUCAAAAAGAGAGAAGAAUCAGUCUCGAUAUGACCAAAGGAAGAAGUUUAUAUCUUGGACAAUUGAAUGGCGUUUUCACUUAACAGACAUUGUUUUACAUGACCACAGAGUCAAUGAAAAUACAAGCUUUUACUCCAUUCUAGAGAAGCACCUCAAACCUGGUCCUUGGAAUCAUCAGCUAAGGCAAUUUUGUGAAGACCAAUUGGAUACUCUCAAGCUUUUCAUUUGCAAAUAUCCAAAGGGUCCCCGUUCACCCUUCAAAGAGUUAGAUAUGAAAGCUCCCAUCAGACAGCAAUUAGCAAAUAUAGCCAUUUUGGAGUUUCCCGUUGUUUUUAUUUUUUUGCCUUCCCACAAAAUCAAUUUUGAAGUUAUUAAGGAUGUCAACACCAAUGUACAUAAAUCACUACAGAAAGAAGCUGAUGGCAACCAAAGCCUGGAAGGUGUAUCAUUUAGGGAGGAGAUGAUAGAGGAUGACAACUCGGUAGAUCCUAAGGUAUUUGAUCUCAUGAAACCUGUGGAUUCAAGUUCAUCACAUCGAGUGCUUACCCAAAAUAUGAGUUCUGAGAAAGCACCAAAUGAUUCCUCAGAUAUAUCUCUGUUUGAAGGAGACACGGGGGGUAAUCUCUCACAUUCUUUGACGGAAACCAAGGAACUAAAAUUCUCUGAAGAUAUGGCGUUUGAAUUUGAUCAAGAUUUUAUGGAUAUCUAUACUGGUCUUUUGGAUCAAACAAACUCCAAUGACUUUUUUGAUUUUGAUAGUGAAUUUAUCAAGACAACAGAAAAUGACAUAGAUUUCCUUGGUUCCGAUGGAGUAUUCCCUUUGCCAGCUGAAUUGGAGGAAGGGGAAAUUCCAGAAUAAUUGAUAGCUAUAGUUCACUUCGGUUGAAGAAUUGGACAGAAAAUGAGAGAACAUUGACAACACCAAUUAUAUUGUAUGUUUUGAGGUUGAGGUCCAUUGCUUUCAAGAAUGAUUUGGAGCUGAGAUUCCAAUUGUGUGGACAUGAUUGAAAAGCUCAUACUUUCAUUUAUAUUGAGCAUGACAGAGAUUUCAAAUUUUGUAAUGAAUCUUAUGAUUGAUCCUGAUAAGGAAUGGCUGCGAUUUUCAGAUUCGAUGCAUUAAUCACUCCUGAAAUCCUUUCAGUAUAGGCAAGCUUCAGCUCUGCAUGAGAAUUAAAAGAGAGCACAAAAAGCUGUGGGUGCUCUGGUUUAGGUUGUUUACUCAUAAUCAAAGGUCAUGUUUUGAUGUUUGAACCAAAAAAAGGGUUAAGUUUUGAUGUUGGAUAUUACUUUGGUUUGUUAAUAUACGUUUAAGGUGGAACUGAUUUCAAGUUAAUAGACAAUUUUUCCAAUCUUUGCAUUUUCCUAUUUAGUUGUUUUCUUUC